GCGGGAUGUCCACUGAGGCCUGAAAGGACCCUGGAGCUGGAUUAACAUGCCCAGUCUGUGGUCACCCUCCUCAGACAGCGUGUCUUCCCCAAGUCAGAAGUCUGUGGGAAGUGCACAGAACGCCCUGUCUCCUUGUUCCCCCACCAGUCUAUCCUGUGAUGAUGGGAGCUCACAGGAUACUGCACAGCGUCCCUCUGUAUCAACUAGUGAAGAUAGUGACUUUGAAGACCACUCAAGACGCAAUGCGAGGAAGAGAGCACCGAAACGACCACUCAAAACUUCCCCAGUGGCAAAACAUCAGAAGAAGCGGUCCCGAAUAAUACUUAGUGGGAAUGACAAGAAUGAAUCAGUGCCUCCAACCAAUGAUCUCUUUGAUGCUGUGAAAGCUGCCAAAAGUGACAUGCAGUCUUUGGUGGAUGAAUGGCUAGAAAACUACAAGCAAGAUGAAAAUGCAGGAUUCUUGGAGCUCGUUAAUUUUUUCAUCCGAUCCUGUGGAUGUAAAAGCACUGUAACUCCUGAGAUGUUCAGGAUGAUGUCCAACUCAGAGAUCAUCCAGCACCUAACAGAACAGUUUAAUGAGGACUCAGGGGACUAUCCCCUGACAGCUCCAGGCCCAUCCUGGAAGAAGUUCCAGGGAAGCUUCUGUGAGUUUGUGAAGACAUUGGUCUAUCAGUGUCAGUACGGCCUCCUCUAUGAUGGCUUUCCUAUGGAUGACCUUAUUUCUCUGCUCAUUGGCCUCUCAGAUUCCCAGGUCCGCGCCUUCCGUCAUACUAGUACCCUGGCUGCCAUGAAGUUAAUGACUUCUCUAGUAAGAGUUGCACUCCAGUUGAGUCUGCACAAAGAGAACAAUCAGCGUCAGUAUGAAGCUGAACGAAACAAGGGUCCAGAGCAGAGAGCACUGGAGCGACUGGAGAGUCUGCUGGAGAAACAAAAGGAGUUCCAAGAGAAUCAAGAAGAGAUAGAGGGGAUGAUGAAUGCUAUCUUCAGAGGUAUUUUUGUCCAUCGGUACAGGGAUGUCCUUCCUGAGAUCCGUGCUAUCUGCAUCGAGGAGAUUGGGUAUUGGAUGCAAAGCUACAGCACCUCCUUUCUUAACGACAGCUACCUAAAAUACAUUGGCUGGACCCUGCAUGAUAAGCACAAGGAAGUCCGCCUAAAGUGUGUGAAGGCUCUGGAAGGGCUGUACAGCAACCAGGAGCUGAGCACACGCAUGGAGCUCUUUACCAACCGUUUCAAGGACCGGAUGGUUUCCAUGGUCAUGGACAAAGAGUGUGAAGUGGCAGUGGAGGCCAUCAGGUUGCUGACCCUUAUACUGAAGAACAUGGAGGGAGUACUGACCAAUGCAGACUGUGAGAAAAUCUACUCCAUUGUGUACAUUUCUAAUCGUGCUAUGGCCUCUUCUGCAGGGGAGUUUGUGUACUGGAAGAUCUUCUAUCCUGAGUGUGAGGCAAAAGCAGUGGGUGGCAGGGAGCGACGCCGGAGUUCACAAACACAGAGAACUUUCAUUCACCUUCUACUGGCCUUCUUUAUGGAGAGUGAGCAUCACAACCAUGCUGCUUACUUGGUAGAUAGCUUAUGGGACUGUGCACAGUCUUAUCUGAAGGACUGGGAGAGUCUGACAAGCCUGCUACUGCGAAAGGACCAGAAUCUGGGUGAUAUGCAAGAGAGAAUGCUGAUAGAAAUCCUUGUGUCCAGUGCUCGGCAAGCUGCGGAGGGUCACCCACCAGUGGGGCGCAUCACAGGGAAGAAGGGUCUGACUGCCAAAGAACGCAAACUUCAAGCUUAUGACAAGGUGAAGCUGGCUGAGCACCUCAUCCCCCUCUUACCCCAGCUCCUGGCCAAGUUCUCAGCAGAUGCAGAGAAUGUUGCUCCCCUGCUCCGACUGCUUAGUUACUUUGACCUCAGCAUUUAUUGCACUCAGCGCUUGGAGAAGCACUUGGAGCUGCUUCUGCAACAACUCCAGGAGGUGGUGGUGAAGCAUGUGGAGCCUGAGGUGCUUGAGGCUGCAGCACGUGGCCUCUAUCUGCUGUGUAAGCCAGAGUUCACCUUCUUCAGCAGAGUGGACUUUGCCCGAAGCCAGCUAGUGGAUCUUCUUGCAGAUAGAUUCCAGCAGGAGCUUGAUGACCUAAUGCAGUCAUCCUUCCUAGAUGAGGAUGAGGUGUACAGUCUGACAGCCACUCUGAAGCGUCUCUCUGCGUUUUACAAUGCUCAUGACUUGACUCGCUGGGAUAUCUCUGAACCAUGUUCUCGACUCCUCCAGAAAGCUGUGGACACAGGAGAAGUUCCUCACCAGGUGGUUUUGCCAGCCUUGAGUCUUGUAUAUUUUUCCAUUCUAUGGAUGGUAACCCACAUUUCAGAGUCUACUUCCCAAAAGCAGCUGAUGAGUUUGAAGAAAAGAAUGGUAGCCUUUUGUGAACUUUGCCAGAGCUGCCUCUCAGAUGUAGACCCAGAGAUUCAGGAGCAGGCUUUUGUCUUACUGAGUGACUUGCUUCUCAUCUUCAGCCCUCAGAUGAUUUCAGGGGGACGAGAUUUCCUUAGGCCCCUUGUCUUUUUUCCGGAAGCUACUCUCCAGUCGGAACUAGCCAGUUUCCUCAUGGAUCACGUCUUUCUCCAGCCUGGAGAACUGGGCAGUGGUCAGUCCCAAGAAGAUCAUGUCCAGAUAGAGCUCCUGCACCAGCGGCGCCGUCUGCUUGCCGGGUUUUGCAAACUACUGCUCUAUGGGGUACUAGAGCUAGACGCAGCCUCAGACGUUUUCAAACACUAUAGCAAGUUCUAUGAAGACUAUGGUGACAUUAUUAAGGAAACAUUAACUCGAGCAAGACAAAUUGACCGAUGUCAGUGUUCUCGGAUCCUGCUCCUGAGCCUAAAGCAGCUGUACACAGAACUGAUGCAGGAGCAGGGGCCCCAGGGCCUGACGGAACUGCCUGCCUUCAUCGAGAUGAGGGACCUGGCCCGGAGAUUUGCCUUGAGCUUUGGACCCCAGCAGCUUCACAACCGAGACCUUGUGGUCAUGCUGCACAAGGAAGGCAUCAAGUUCUCAUUGUCUGAGCUUCCUCCUGCUGACUCUUCUCGUGAGCCGCCAAAUCUUGCAUUCCUGGAGCUCCUUUCAGAGUUCUCCCCCCGCCUCUUCCAUCAGGACAAGCAGUUAUUACUAUCCUACCUGGAAAAGUGUCUUCAGCGUGUCUCCAAGGCACGUAGACAUUCCUGGGGUCCAGUUACCACCUACUAUCACUCCCUCAACCCUGUAGAGAACACAGCAGAGGCCAGCCCUCAGGGACCCUCCCACUCCAAGAAGAAGCGUGUUGAAGGCUCUUGUAGGCCUCAGAAAGAAGAGCUCUCAUCCCAAGAAGAAAGCCUUCAACUGAACAGUAGCUACCCAAAACCUACCCUCACCUCCACGGCAGUAAAGAGAAGACAGUCCCUGAGGCCAGUGGGCAAGAGGCAAAAAGCUAGUCCAGGACCAGAGCUGAUCUGCAGUCAGCAACUCUCAGGCACCCAGAGGUUGAAGAUGUCGAGUGCACAGUAUUUCCAGAUUCAGUGUGAUCCUUCAGGCUCUGGUUUGGGCAAACAACUGACCCGACUCAGCCUUAUGGAAGAGGAUGAGGAAGAAGAGCUAGGACUUCUGGAUGGAUCAUGUGAAGAAUGGCAAGGUGGAGACAAGCUACUUCGUAGCCCUUCUUCUCCCAGUGAGCAUGGGCUGGACCUGUUAGAUACUACAGAGCUGAAUGUGGAGGAUUUCUGA